UUCAUGUCAUUUAACUUUAAACUAAAGGCACGUGGAAAAAAAUCGGGCUAACCUUUUCAGACCUUCUUCUUCUAAACAGCGGGGAGUGACACAAUGGAAUAAUAUUGCCAAAGUGACAUCAACUUUAACAGGCAUAACAACAACUCUGACUUAAUGUCUAAAAUGUGAUCUGAACAGGACGAGUGAUGCAGUCAAGAGGUACAUCUGCAGAGGUUUUGCCAGCAGUUCUGGUGCGGAGAUCUUCGUGUUCGUUGUUUAGAAGGCCAAUAUUCAAAUAAGAUAGUGUUGGAGUCGAGUAUGCAAAUCUGAGUAUUCUGAGUACUUUAGGGGCCGAGUCCCAGGUCAAGUACAAAUACACUGGUGACCAGUCCAAGUCCAACAUGUCCAAAACACUGAGUAUGAGUAAGCCUACAUUCGCUGAGUCGAGAUGGGGCCAAGUCCGAGUCCUAGUUGGAGUACAUGUACAGUACACAGAAGCGAUGCAACUACAUUCCUCAGUCAUUUGUCAACCAGCAAAGUGCAGAUCCUACCAAAGGAGCCACUGUAGCUUGGAAAAAUGUGCCCUCUCUUGGUCACUAUCGGGGCUCGUAACCACGAGGAAAAGAUCAAGCACAAGAAACACUGAAGAUCGAGCAAAUCAAUGUCUAGAACUGGCCACAAAUACGGAUGCUGGAAAAACAGGAUACCACAGGCAACAAAUUAUAGGAAGUUCUCAGCAACAAAGUCAUGUUGUGGCAGAAAGCAAGCUUGAACAGUAAUUGUGCAAACAAGGACGGUUAUUUUUGCAACGACCAUGUAGGAACAUUACCGUCCUUUAAUCUGCACCAGGGAUACACCUACUUGGGAAGAGAGCACACAGCAUUUUUCAACUUGAAAGGAAUUUGACAAAUUGUGGCUGG